ACCUCCAAGCUCGGCCGGAAACUCCGCUCCAUUUACAAACUCGGCCCUCAGGCUGAGGGUUUUUUUUCCCAGCCAGUGUGCAGCAGAAUUAAAGGUUUGCGAGCAUGUUAUGGCCGCUUACCGUCCGUUAGUCCUUUAGGUUAAACCAUUAUUCCAGUUAUUCCAGUACAGAGCGAGUUUUUCCCCCGUGUCUGCGGUGCAGAUGUCUGCGGCUCUUCUCUCACUUUUCUCGGGACUCUUGUAAACAUGCAGCCCCCGCCAAGAAAGGUGAAAGUGAGUCAGGAGCUGAAGCAUGCUCACGCAGAGCAGCUGAGCAAACUUAACGUGAAACAUCAGACCGACUGUGACCUCCUGGAAGACCUGAGGACGUACAGCCAGAAGAAAGCAGUUAUAGAGAAAGACUACGCACAGGCACUGCAGAAGUUAGCUUCUCAGUAUCUAAAGAGGGAAUGGCCUGGGGUCCAGUCAGAAGAGCAGAAAGACUACAGGAACGUUUGCACAGUAUGGAGGGCGUAUCUGGAGGGUGUAGUGAAAGUCACGCAGUCUCGUAUCGGCGGCUGUGACAGCUACAGGAGCCAGAUUUCAGAGCCGAUCAAGACUUUCCGGGUGCAUAAAGAUCAGCAGCUAAAAAAGUGUAUCGAGCAGCUUACGCGGGUUCAGGCCGAGCUGCAGGAUACAGUGAAGGACCUGACCAAGUCCAGGAAGAAGUACCAGGAGACGGAGCAGAUGGCCCAGGCUGUAAGGGAGAAGGCAGAUAUGGAGGCAAAGUCCAAACUCAGUCUGUUUCAGUCCAGAUCCAGUUUAAAAAGAGCAAGCGUGAAGUUGAAAGCCAAGAGAAAUGAGUAUAACUCCAAAUCCACCCACGCCAGGAAUGACUAUCUGCUUACUCUGGCAGCAGCCAAUGCCCACCAGGGCCGUUACUACGAGACAGAUCUGAUCAGCUGCAUUAAGAUCCUGGACGGCAGCGUGUACGAUCACAUGAAAGGCUAUCUGGUUUCGCUGUGUCAGGCCGAGCUGGAGGCAUCCCAUGUCGUUCAGGACACCUUCAACUUCCUGCUGGAGAAGUCCACUGGGGUUAUACAGGACUUUCAUCAGGAGCUGUUUAUCCAGGAGAACCCUGCUUUUCAGAAAGCGUCCCCCUUCAACUUUCAACCCUGUGACAAUGAUUCUGUAAUGCAAGUAGAGAAGGAGAGUGGCACAGCAGAGGAGCACAGCCUGAAUAAAGAGGCACGGAAGUGGGCCACCCGUGUAGCUCGGGAACACAAGAACAUCAUCCAUUGUCAACGGACCAUAUCGGAGUGUGAAGGGAUGCCUCAGCAAGAGCAGAACUCCGGGGAACUAGAGCUGAAGACGGAGGAGGCAAAAGAGUGCAUCCGAAAAGCAGAGACAGCGAAGGUGAAGGCCGAGGCUCGUCUAGACCUGCUGAGAGAUGUGGGUGUGGCUGUGGACACCUGGAUAAAGAGCGCCAUGAACCAAGUGAUGGAGGAGUUGGAAAACGAAAGAUGGGCAACAAUGACUACUCAGGAUGCUUCUCUUUCUAGCACAGCAGAUUUUGACAGAGAGGAGGACGAGGAGAUGGAGGACACGGAAACACUAGACGAUAGCAGCUCCAGUCCUUCUAGCACCUUGAGGAACUACCCGCUCACCUGCAAAGUGCUUUACUCAUAUCAGGCAUCACAACCAGAUGAGCUAACUAUUGAGGAGCAGGAAGUGCUGGAAGUCAUAGAUGAUGGUGAUAUGGAAGACUGGGUUAAGGCCAGGAACAGAGCAGGGCAGGUGGGCUAUGUGCCUGAGAAGUACCUUCAGUUGCCCUCCUCUAACAGUCUACUGAGCAUGCUGCAGUCGCUGGCAGCCCUGGACACACGCUCGUACUCCUCCAACAACUCAACCGAGCAAGAGCCAGAGUCUGCCACUGAGCAUGUCCAGACCAGCCCCAACGGAGGAGACAACAGCGUGCGCUUUGCUAAGGCAUUGUAUGAUUAUGAGGCUCAGACCGAGGAUGAGCUCUCCUUUCCCGAGGGCGCCAUCAUCCGCAUUCUGAACAAAAAUAACCAGGAGGACGACGGUUUUUGGGAGGGCGAGUUUAACGGCAGCGUCGGGGUCUUUCCUGCCGUGCUGGUGGAAGAUCUGGCCGCACCAAAUGGCGAGGACAUGCACACGGGCGUUGAGACGCAGGAGUCUCCGUGUGAUCAGAGUUGUCCUCCUCGUCCCCUGUCUAUGACUCAGUACCAGCCCUCGUCCUGCAGCAGCCCUCUGUCCAGUCCUCUUGCUACGCCCACUCUGCCCUCUCCACUCUCCAGCCCAGCCAGCUCCUCUGCCUCUCCUCUCGCCAGCCCACGUUCCCAUAACGGCUACCACAGACCGGCUCCUGCACCUCCCAAAACACCCAGCAACAAUCAGGCCCACAACUCCACACCUCCACCCAGGUACCCUUCAGACAGCAGAGCAGGAACACUGAGGCCUGUACGUGCUGCACCUCCCCCUCCCCCUCCCAAGCAGCAGGCCCAGGGUCAAGUGCAGAAGAAAGAAGAAGUCGAGAUCACGCUUGUGUAAAGGCGCCGCCCUGGUGGUUGCUCCUGUAUUUCGCUCCACAUAUCCUGGAUUUCCACCGCAUUCUCUCAGCCCACUCUGGGUGGAGAAACUCCUCGGGUUUGGAUGGUAUCAAAACCCUUAUGGUAGCAGCGAGGAAACGGCGGAUGCAUCUGGAAUGCAUUUUGCAAACAGCUGUGUUCAAGCAAGCCAGAGAUCUCUUCAUGUGAUCUGCUUCCAUCUUCCCUCCUAUGUUUCGUCUUCUGUACUGAAGUCAUCGACUGUGUACUGAGCACCCCGGGGGAUCAGUGACAGCCAGCGGAUCAUCGGUCACUCAGUGGAAAAACCCUGUGGUUUUCUUUUCAAUUUUCAGAUUUACAGAUGGACUUAUUACAGCUGGCGUUUGACUCUUCACAUUACUUCCUGUGGAACAGAACGACAGUGUGACAGGAGCUGGCCUGCCCUGCCCAGAACACCACUGGAAGUAAAAUAGACUUCUAGACUUCUUCAAGGGAAAAGUGGCAAUUUCAUUUCAGUGCAUUUCAAAUUAUUAUGAAUUUGUAAGUAUGUUCGUGUGCGUAUGUUUUUGUUUUGUUCUCUCUCUUUGGAAAACACUCUAUUUGAAUGCAGACUUAAAAUAAGUAUUGGGUUCAUGACUAACACAUUUUUGACCACCUUGAAUUUAACGAGCUUUUUAUUUUCUGUGUGUCAAAAAGUAUUUUUAUCAUGAGAAAUGUCCUUUACGGGAUCAUAUCAGAACUGUCUUUUGACUUUUGAAGGCUGUGGAAGGUUUCAUGUAAAGAGCUAAAGAGUUGACUUCAUAGCUCUCAAAGCAAGUGUGUGACUUAUUGAGACAGACUUUCCCUGGCAAGGCUCAAAAAGCACUUUAGUGUUCAGAGAUAUAGAGCAUUUCAGUAUUAUCGCUUGCGGAGUCCGCUGUUGUCAUUAUAUUAUUUAGUUUACGCUGCUAGUCCUGAUAGUUUAGAUUCCACCGUUUUUGGUUUGAUGUAAUUUAUUUUCAUGAAAUUAUUAAUAUGUAACAGUUGUCUUCUCUAACCAGAUAGUUUACAGACAGCCUGAGGCAUAGAGGAAUUCUAAACCUAUACCUUUAACAGUCCUGUUUUGAGGUUCUACGUUUGUUUUAUUAAUUGCAGGUUUAGAAAAGAUUAUCAUUAUUUUGAAAUGUAGUUAGCUAGAGCAACAUUAAAGCUUGUAUUUCUGUUUCUCCUGACAUCUGUUGCAUGUAAAAAAAAACAUUUUUUUUUUCAUGAGUUUAUCGAGUUUAUUUUUUUCCCGUUUUCAGUAUCAGGUGUUUGAGCAAACGUUUAUUGACGUUGCUUAAAAGCGGCUGAGCACCCAAACGAACUCCGUUGCCUUAGCAACAGCAUCAAAAGACAAAAGUCAUGUAUGGAUUUAUCAUGUAAAAAUGAUAAAUAAUAAAAGUGUAAAAGAUGCUUUACAAAGUGA